AAUCCCCUCAACUCCUCCGGCACGUGCUCAUCAUGCUUUAAUCAUGUGACCUUCUCCCUCAACUCUCACCUGUUCACUUUGUCACAAAUUAAUUACUUACCCCCACUUUCUUUUUUCUACUGUCUCUUUCUCUGCAGUUUUUGCUCAUUCCUUCUUCUGCUUUUCUUACUUCACUUAAAAACUUUUAAUUUCAAAGUUCAAACCACUCUUCACUUUACUGUUGUGAAUGUUGAUCCAACUUAAUAUUAAGAAUUCCCAGAUUUUUUUUCUCCUUUAAUUGAUAAUGUGAAAGAAAGUUAUGGGCUGCAUACAGUCCAAAACGACACUCCUUCCUUCCUCAAACGACACCCCUCCCCUCCCUGAAACCGACAAGCAAAUCUCUGGAAUUGGAGAAGUAGGAGAUGGUGAUAAUCAACAGCAGAAAGUGGCAGCAUUUAAAGAGUACAGUUUGAAUGAACUUCGAAAAGCUACAAAUGGGUUUAGCACAGAAUGUAUAGUUUCUGAAAGUGGGGAGAAAGCACCUAAUGUUGUGUACAGAGGAAGGCUUGAAACUAAUCGUUUCAUUGCUGUUAAACGCUUUUCUAAACAAUCCUGGCCUGAUGCUCAUCAGUUUCUGGAAGAAGCAGCUGGUGUUGGAAAGCUCAGGCAUAGAAGACUGGCUAACCUCAUUGGAUGUUGUGCUGAAGGAGAUGAAAGAUUGUUGGUGGCUGAGUUCAUGCCUCAUGACACACUAUCGAAGCAUCUUUUCCAUUAUGAUAAACAACCUCUUCCAUGGGAAAUGCGUGUGCGGGUGGCCUACUAUAUUGCAUUGGCUCUUGAGCAUUGCAAUGCCGAAAACCGGAAAAUUUAUCAUGAUUUAAAUGCUUAUAGAGUGCUUUUUGAUGAGGAUGGUGAUCCACGUUUAUCCACUUUUGGCCUAAUGAAGAACAGCAGAGAUGGCAAAAGCUACAGUACAAAUUUAGCCUAUACACCACCUGAGUUCAUGCGGACAGGCAGGGUUAUUCCCGAGAGUGUCAUCUACAGUUAUGGAACCAUUCUACUUGACCUUCUAAGUGGGAAGCAUAUACCUCCUAGUCAUGCAUUGGACAUAAUAAGGGGAAAGAGCGCAUUGGUAUUAAUGGAUACAUCAUUGGAAGGACAGUAUGUAAAUGAUGAUGCUGCUACAAUGAUUGAACUGGCAUCAAAAUGCCUUCAGUAUGAAGCGAGGGAUCGACCUGACAUCAAAUUUCUUCUUGCAGCAGUCGAUCCCUUGCAAAAGCAAAAAGAGGUCGCGUCCCAUGUUCUGAUGGGUUUGCCAAAGACUGCAGUGGUGGUGCCAAAAAUGCUCUCCCCCCUUGGAAAGGCUUGUGAAAGGAUGGACCUCACAGCUGUUCAUGAUAUAUUGCUUAAAACUGGCUAUAGAGAUGAAGAGGGUGCUGACAAUGAGCUCUCAUUCCAAGAAUGGACACAACAAGUUCAAGACAUGUUGAAUACAAAGAAAUUCGGAGAUAUUGCAUUCAGAGAUAAGGAUUUCAAAAAUGCUGUAGAGUACUACUCCAAGUUAGUGGAUAUGAUGCCUGUACCUUCAGCCACAGUGUUUGCAAGGCGGACCCUCUGUUACAUGAUGAUCGGGCAACCUGAGCUUGCCCUUAGGGAUGCAAUGCAGGCUCAAGUAUGCAUACCAGAGUGGCCAACGGCCUUUUACUUACAAGCCCUAGCACUGUCUAAGUUAGGGAUGGAGGGCGAUGCUCAGGAUAUGUUAAAUGAUGGUGCUGCCUUUGAAGCCAAGAGGCAAAGUAGUUGGAGGGGCUAAAAUUCUUUCUUCUCUACUCCUGUCAUAUUUGUUGGAUUCUUUUUCUCCUUUGCUUUAGGUGCUUGUCUAAAUCAUACGUCUUAUGUAAUAUGGCAAAGUAUUAGAGAGUAGAUAACUAAAUUUAUGCUAGCCUUUGUUUAUGUUAUCCAUUUAGGGUUAUUCUUUUGAAGCUCCAUCCCAACUUCCAUUGUUAUAUUGUCAUUAUUCUGCACACACGUAAACGAGACUUAUGAACUUGUAGAUCAUAUUCUGAAUUUGAUGGUUUUACAAUUAUUAUGAAGAGAGCGAAUUAUUGUUUA